GAUGAUGGGGCCAUGGCCCGGGCGGGCGGCUGCGGCGCGGCCGCGGCGGGGGCGCGGGCGGGGGGCGCGGGCGGGCCGGAGCCGGCGGAGCUGUCCCUGGAGGCGGUGCUGAAGGCGUACGAGCAGCCCAUCAACGAGGAGCAGGCGUGGGCCGUGUGCUUCCAGGGCUGCCGCGGGCUGCGGGGCGCGCCGGGCGCCGGGCGGCUCAUCCGGGACACGGCGGACCUCGUGCUGCGCAGGGACGGCUCGGUGGGCGCCCGGCCGGGGCCCGGGCCCGGGGCCGCGGGCGCGGCGGAGUCUGCAACAAUGGUGGGGUCACCAGCCAGCUCAGAAGCCCAGAUGGUGCAGUCCCUGGGCUUCGCCAUCUACCGAGCGUUGGACUGGGGGCUGGAUGAGAGCGAGGAGCGAGAGCUGAGCCCGCAGCUGGAGCGGCUCAUCGACCUCAUGGCCAACAAUGACUGCGAGGACGCGGAUGGUGGUGGCGGCGCUGAUGAAGGUUACGGCGGCCCUGAGGAGGAGGACGAGGGGCCCGAGGGCCCACGCACCGUGCGCACUUUCGCGCAGGCCAUGCGGCUGUGUGCCCUGCGCCUCACCGACCCCCGUGGUGCACAGAGCCAUUACCAGGCCGUGUGCCGCGCACUCUUCGUGGAGACGCUGGAGCUGCAGGCCUUUCUGGCCAGGGUCCAUGAGGCCAAGGAGAUGCUACGGAAGCUUCGGGAAGAGGAGCCCCAGGCAGAGAAACCCCUGGCAGAGCUUGAUCACCUGGGGCACACCGACUGGACCCGCCUCUGGGUCCAGCUCAUGCGGGAACUUCGCCAUGGAGUGAAGCUCAAGAAGGUGCAGGAGCAGGAGUUCAACCCUCUGCCCACUGAGUUCCAGCUCACCCCCUUCGAGAUGCUGAUGCAGGACAUCCGGGCUAGAAACUACAAGCUGCGCCAGGUCAUGGUCAAUGGGGACAUCCCUCCCCGAGUGAAGAAGGAUGCACACGAGCUCAUUCUGGACUUCAUCCGUUCCCGGCCCCCUCUAAAACAGGUCUCAGAGAGAAGGCUGCGCCCCCUGCCCCAGAAGCAGCGGAGCCUGCAUGAGAAGAUCCUGGAAGAGAUCAAGCAGGAGCGGCGGCUGCGCCCUGUGGGGGCUCGGGGGUUUGGCUCCUUGCCCUGCAUCCUCAACGCCUGCUCUGGGGAUCUCAAGGCCACCUCCUGCAUCAACCUCUCGGUUCCGGAUGCUGCGGGCAGCACCCUGCGCCCUCGGCCCCGGGUGCUACUGAAGGCGCCCACCUUGGCUGAAAUGGAGGAGAUGAACACAUCUGAGGAGGAGGACUCUCCAUGUACAGAAGGCACCCUAAAGCGUGACCGCUCUUUCUCGGAGCAUGACCUGGCUCAGCUUCGCACUGAACUAGCCUCUGGCCAUCAGCUGGACACUCAGCCUGCAGGAGCCCUGCAGCCAUCGAGGCCCCGUGCAGGCAGUGCACACAGCUGGAGGCCAAGCACCCAGGAGCAUGGCAAGUGCCACCUGCCCGCCCGCCCCCUGCUUACAUUGAGGCCCAUUCUCACCUCAGGCAGCAGCCCCAAAGAGUCGAUGACCCCAGAUGCCAGUCACCGGUGGCUGGAGUUCAGCCACCCUGUGGAAAGCCUGGCCCUGACAGUGGAGGAGGUGAUGGAGGUGCGUCGUGUGCUGGUGAAAGCCGAGAUGGAGAAGUUCCUGCACAACAAGGAGCUGACCAGCAGCCUGAAGAAGGGGAAGGUGUGCUGCUGUUGCCGGACCAAGUUCCCAUUGUUUUCCUGGCCAUCCACCUGCCUCUUCUGCAAGAGGGCCGUGUGCAGCCCCUGCAGUGUAAAGAUGAAGAUGCCUUCUAAGAAGCUCGCACACAUCCCAGUCUAUGCACUGGGCUUUGAGGGUCCUCUGAAGAGGUCAGCCACGAAAGCCACACCUACUCAAAGAAGAGAUGUCUUCCAAUCCCUGCAGGGGCCACAGUGGCAGAGCGUGGAGGACGAGUUCCCACACCUUUACACACAUGGCGGCGUGCUCAAGGACGUCUGCAGUGACUGCACCAGCUUUGUGGCCGAUGUGGUACACUCUAGCCGCAAGAGUGUGGAUGCCCUCAAUGCAACCCCGCGUAGGGCCCGGCAGACCCGGUCCCUCUAUGUCCCUAACACCUGGACGCUGGACUUCAAGUGAUGCCCCUGAGAAAUUGUACUGAGUGCAUGUAAAUUCAUACAUAGACCGCGAUGUAACACACCCACAGCCUAUAUAUUUAUAGACAGUUCUCCUGACUCCCGAGUCUACAUGGGGUCAGAUUCACUCUAAGACCCUCUCAGGAUUCCUUAGGUGGAACAGCACUGGGAAGGAAGCAGAUUGGACAUGGAAUAGAGCGCUAGUUGCCAACCAGGAAACAUACUGUCCCCUGUGGGCCCUUGGGUUAUUCCAAAGGGGCCACAGCACAAGCACAAAUCCAGGGGACGAACAGAACAGGGACACAGUUAGGAAACAAGGUUGAGAAGACACUGAGAGCCUGGAACAGAGGAUUCUGGCCUGGGGGCACCGGGAAAGCACCCCUAUCCCACGCUGGUGUCUCAUCUCAGGGACAAGAACAUGGCAAGCCCCUUGCAGGCCUGGGAAAGCUGGAAACGGUUGGUCCCGUAAGCAUUCACUCCUUCGUCUGGAAGGCAUGACGCUAGGGCAGAUUGCCACCAGCUUGCCUGGCACCACAACUCAGCCACCCAGGGCAUCAGGUGCCACUGUGCUCUCAUACCCAAGGUGUGGGGAUGGUGGCACGGGGUAGCUGAGCAGCUCUGUAUGUGCAAACGACUACUCUUGGCCUAAUAAAGUUGUUCUCCAGGG